UUUUUAAAGUUUUUUAUAGUUUGUUAUUAUUGUUUGCUAAUACUUCUUAGCCUUUGAGGCGGUUUUGUUGAAAUAAAAUUGAACAAUUUCUUUGAUUGUCAUAGAUAUGUACUUGACUAGUGCGUUACCCUCCGCUAGCAAUGGCCGUCUUCAUGAUAAACAUAUGUAAAUUUAAUGGCUGUGGGAUCACAUUUCCAAGGCUAGCGGAUUUAAUUGAACAUAUUGAAGACGUGCAUAUCGAUUAUGAUCCAGCAGUAAUAGAACAAAAAGAAGCAUCACAGCCAGCAUGUAUCCCUUUAAGUUACGUGCUAAAGUUUUUCACGGAGGCGUCUCGGCGGGAAUUUCAAAAUAUGCCUCCUGUACCAGACGUACGUCGUCGUCUGCUUUCCGUGCCCAAGACUCCUUCAGUUCGCAGUAGCACUCCUACUGGUAGUGAGAUGGAGGACGAUGAAUUGAUGAGCCCCUCUGAGGAUAGCAACGACUCAUGGACAACUGUGGAGGAGUACAGCUCAGAGUACAUAAUGCGAUAUGGUGUUAAAAUGAACACAGCGGCAUCGUCUGGCGCCGUGGGGCAUGCAGCACAAGAGAAACCUUUCGCCUGCCCAGUGCCGGGCUGCAAAAAACGCUACAAGAACGUCAAUGGCAUCAAGUACCACUCCAAGAACGGCCAUAAGAAGGAUGGCAGGGUAAAAAAGGCUUACAAAUGCCAAUGCGGCAAAAGCUACAAAACGGCCCAAGGGCUUAAGAGCCACUCCAUCUCGCAGCACUUUACCACCAGCUGCCCUCCGGCGCCGGCCGCGCCCCCCGCACCUCCCGCGUCACACACGCCGUCGCCGAAGCCGCCUGGUCUUGUCGUCACCGCUUCCCCCGCGCGUUCGCUUAACAUUCUCGAGUCCACCGAUGGUAACAAGCUAGUCCGUAUAUACGACUCCGUCAAAUACAAGGAACUUCCCACCUUCACUAUUCCCAAGCACAGCAUGUCCAAUCUAAACAUAGUAUCCGGCCACGGACAACUGGUGCGGCACUCCAGCCUCUUCACUCCUACCUCCACUCCGGGCUCUAGCCCCGUAGACAAGUUGAAGUUCGAGCGGUCCCCACGUGUGACUGUCCAGAACGCUCAGCCAUUGCCACAUCUAACAUCUUCGUACGCCAACGAUAUCUCGAAGUGAUGUACUUUGUUUGCGGAGGGUAAGCCUAUCGAAUUUAUUAAUUGUAAGUAAGGGAAGUUCCUAAGCAAAAAACGUGAAAAAAGCGAAUGUUCUUAAAGCACCAGUUACGUUUGUGUCGCUAUUAUUGCGAUAUUUUUAAUUGGCAUCACGCGACGAUUUAGAUGUCAUCAAUUAUUGACUAAGACGGAUGCAAUGGGUUUUGCAUUAAUUUAUGUGGAUUAGUCGAUGGCUGCCUAAAAUGGUAAUGCAGCUCGCACUUAUUUAUUUCAUUUAUUUAAAGUUGAUUAUUUCAAGAUA